AAAAAGCGCAGAGUGCUUAUAAGCGUAGCCCGCAUAAAGCAAUAGUAGCGAAACACCCCCUCUCUUCCCCUUCCAACCAAAACGAUUACAAAAACGCCCUCGACCUAAUGACGACGCGUAUAGUCCUCCUUCUCUUGAUACCCACAGCGCUAUCGCCAUCAUCACCAGGCAGAGACUCAUCAUCCGUAAUCUCAAAAUUCAUCUCUUCAGCCCCGCCGGCGGCAUCAUCAAUAGCAUGAUUCCCCACCGCAUGGGCCAAACUAGCGAAUUCAUCCGAGUCCAGCUCCACCUCUUCAACAAUAUUACCAUGUCCAUUAUUACCAACAUCUCUCGUUACCAAGUCCUCUUCUUCUUCGGCUGGCGGACUCAGCUUCAAUAAAGGAUACCGGGACCUCCAUACCCCCCGCCCCUCAGAGAUCCCAUCAACUA